UAAUUAAUCAUAACAGGUUCAAGUGCAUAGAUUUGGAUGGAAAUGGAAUUAUAACAAUUGCUGAGAUGCAAUUCUUUUAUGAGGAACAAUUCCAUCGGAUGGAGUGCAUGGCACAGGAGCCAAUACUCUUUGAAGACAUUUUAUGCCAGAUAGUUGAUAUGGUUUCUCCCGAGAAUGAAACCUAUUUUACACUAAGAGAUAUAAAAGCAUGCAAGCUUUCAGGAAAUGUUUUCAACAUACUUUUCAAUCUCAAUAAGUUCAUGGCAUUCGAAACUCGCGAUCCUUUUCUAAUCCGUCAAGAGCGGGAGAAUCCAACGCUCACUGAAUGGGAUCGCUUUGCACGUAGAGAAUAUAUUCGGCUAUCUAUGGAAGAUGGGGAAGAUGCUUCUAAUGGAAGUGGGGAUAUUUGGGAGGAAUCACUGGAGGCACCCUUUUAAGGUACCCAUACUUGAUGAGGGACGAGGGGCCAAGCAAUGUGCAAAGACUAUUCUUUUAAAGGUGACUUGCACUUUGCAUCAGCAUUUUGCGUUAUUGAUGAAGUUAAUCAUUUUAAACACUGGUAGAUGUUCAACAUAAUAGACCUACAGCUGAUCCUCCUAAUGUUAGAAAUGGAUUUGUAUAUGUCCUUCAAUGGAGGAUCAACUUGAUUAUUACUGUCUUCACUCUAUGCAAGAGAUUUUUAGGUCAGCAUUACUUAUGAUUUUUUUGUGUGCGUUUGAUUAGUAUUUUUUUUCUCUAUAAUGUCUAUUAUUAUUGCUGUGUCACAUAUCAAUUCUGAAUAAAAUACUAGUCAAACGCAUAUAAGAAAAUUUUUUGAGCUAAUUUCGCUGAAAAA